UACAGAGGUGUUGUGGAUGGCAGGGGAAGCCAGGUUUGUUCAAACCGGGUGAUGCGAAUAGGCAUUUGCUGCGAUGGUCGGGGGAAGGCUUCCACGAAUCCGGAAUCUCGUUGUCUGUAUGCAGUAAUUUGGCCGGGGGUGGUCGAGGGCAGCCUGAGUUGAGAGAAGUUAGAUAGACAUGAACGCACAAUUAAAACAAUAAAUCAAUUUAAUGUCGAGUCUUUCAGCCAGUAAAAAGCCUAGCAAAGGAACUUUGAGUCGGUUUGACUGUUUCUUCGUGAGCUAAUGGAUUUAUGAAAACGACGAACGGAUCUUCUAUCGCUUCUAAAAUCUCUUAGAAUUGAAGUGGGGAAUAUUGCGCACACCUAAUCACAUUUUAUAGUAGCCGAUGUAGUCAUAUCCUACAUUUUUUUUUCUUUCUACGUUUUUACCUUGUACAUUUGGAGGUCUGGGAUUGGGGCAGACCUCUCCAUGGAGGAAGCUUUCUUUUGAUGCUUUGCGCAUUGUUUUCUUUUCUUUUUGGCAAGUUGGGUAAACGUGGGAAAAGUAUAAUAUAUUGUAAAAGUUUCCUCGUUUAUUACCACAUAUUUACGGGUUAAAAUAAACUACGUUGGCUAUUCAAGCUUUAAAAAAAAAUUCAACAUCAAAUCUCGGAGUCCAACAUUUUUCUACGCUGGCAGUUUCGUCGCCCCUCGAGGUUUUUGUCAAAAAGUUUGGCACAGUGAAUGGCUCAGUGCUGAUGCCCCAGAGGUCCGGAUGGAGUUCCAGUCACAGAGUAGUCAACAGCUGUAGCACACCCCACAGGAUGUUGGCGGUACAGAGUAUGCUGGUGGUUCUGGCCUUUCUUGCCCAGAUUUUACUCUCCCAGGCCCGACCUGCCAUCCCAGAUGAAGUCGUCCCUGCACCACCUGUGAAAAUCCAAGCGGAGCUUUACACCCUGUACCCUGGAGACCGACUGGAGCUGAAAUGUAACACUGAGUCAGUCAACUGGACCAAGGACGACGCAUUGGUGGUGGAUGGGGAGCACACACGUUUACGAGACGGCCAACUGGAGAUCGAGGGGGUGGAGCCGGCUGACUCGGGCCUGUACACCUGCGUCGCCUUUGGCAACCACAGCUCCUACUUCUCUGUCAAUGUUACAGUUGAUAUCRUGGCAUCCUCUGAAGAUGAAGAAGAGGAGGAUGAGUCUUCCUCAGAGGAGGCAAAGCUGUCUAGCAGUCAAAAGCUUUUGCCGAUGGCCCCUCAGUGGGCUCAGCCAGAGAAGAUGGAAAAAAAGUUGCAUGCUGUCCCAGCCAGUAAGACGGUUAAGUUCCGCUGCCAGGCCAGUGGGAACCCUACCCCAACACUCAAGUGGUUCAAGAACGGCAAGGAGUUCAAGAGGGAUCAGCGCAUCGGGGGCUUCAAGGUUCGAGAACACAUGUGGACCAUCAUCAUGGAGUCUGUAGUGCCAUCCGACAAGGGAAACUACACCUGUGUAGUAGAAAACCAACAUGGAAGCAUUAACCACACUUACCAGCUGGAUGUUGUCGAGCGUUCCCCCCACAGACCCAUCCUGCAAGCCGGACUGCCAGCCAAUAACACUGCGGUGGUGGGCAGUGAUGUGGAGUUUGAGUGUAAGGUGUUCAGCGACCCCCAGCCUCACAUCCAGUGGCUGAAGCACAUCGAGGUCAAUGGAAGCCGCGUGGGCCCUGAUGGCUUACCCUACGUCCGUGUCCUCAAGCACUCUGGGGUCAAUAGCUCGGACACUCAGGUGUUGACCCUCUACAAUGUCACUGAGGAGGAGAGCGGGGAGUAUAUAUGUAAAGUGUCCAAUUAUAUAGGCGAGGCCAAUCAGUCAGCCUGGCUGACCGUCAUCAGGCAUGAGGCCCAAGCAGUCCCCCCUUCUCCACCACCCAACCAAACCUACCUGGAAGUGCUGAUCUACUGUGUGGGCUUCUUCCUCAUUGCUGUCAUGGUGGCCGUGGCCAUCAUCUUAAAGAUGCGCAGCUCGUCCAAGAAGAGUGACUUCAGCAGUCAGCUGGCUGUCCACAAGCUGGCUAAAAGCAUCCCACUGCGCAGACAGGUAACAGUGUCAGUGGACUCUAGCUCCUCCCUCCACUCCGGGGUGAUGUUGGUGCGGCCCUCCCGCCUCUCAUCCAGUGGCUCUCCUAUGCUGUCUGGGGUGUCUGAGUACGAGUUGCCCCAGGACCCACGCUGGGAGCUACCCAGAGACCGACUGGUGCUGGGGAAACCCUUGGGAGAAGGCUGCUUUGGCCAGGUGGUGAUGGGAGAGGCUGUAGGGAUGGACAAAGAGAAGCCAAACAGGAUCACCAAAGUGGCUGUGAAGAUGCUCAAAUCUGAUGCUACAGAGAAAGACCUGUCAGAUCUGAUCUCUGAGAUGGAGAUGAUGAAGAUCAUUGGGAAGCACAAGAACAUCAUUAACCUGCUGGGAGCCUGUACCCAGGAUGGUCCUCUCUAUGUUAUUGUGGAGUAUGCCUCUAAGGGAAACCUCCGGGAGUACCUGAGAGCUCGGCGUCCACCAGGCAUGGAGUACUGCUACAACCCUGACCAGGUGCCCAUAGAGAACAUGUCUAUCAAAGACCUGGUGUCCUGUGCCUACCAGGUGGCUCGCGGCAUGGAGUACCUGUCCUCUAAGAAGGUAACAUCAGGAUCCGACUCUACGUACAUCAGCACAUGUAUCCACAGAGACCUGGCAGCCCGCAACGUGCUGGUGACGGAGGACAAUGUGAUGAAGAUCGCAGACUUUGGCCUGGCCAGAGAUAUCCACCAUAUUGAUUACUAUAAGAAGACCACCAAUGGUCGUUUACCAGUCAAGUGGAUGGCCCCAGAAGCUCUAUUUGACCGGAUAUACACGCACCAAAGUGAUGUAUGGUCUUUCGGGGUGCUGCUGUGGGAGAUCUUCACCCUGGGGGGCUCGCCGUACCCGGGGGUUCCUGUGGAGGAAUUGUUCAAGCUGCUGAAGGAGGGCCAUCGCAUGGACAAGCCCUCCACCUGCACCCAUGAACUAUACAUGAUGAUGAGGGACUGCUGGCAUGCUGUUCCCUCUCACCGGCCCACGUUCAAACAGCUGGUGGAAGACCUGGACCGCACCCUGGCCAUGACGUCCAACCAGGAGUACUUGGAGCUGUCUGUGCCUCUGGACCAGUAUUCCCCCAGCUACCCUGACACACGCAGCUCCACCUGCUCCUCGGGCGAGGACUCGGUCUUCUCCAACGAUGCUGGAGCUGAGGAGCCCUGCCUGCCAAAGUUCCCUCCCCACUCCAACGGGGUGGCCAUCAAGAAGCGCUGAUACCUCACUCCCCUCAAAUACCCUAACAUUCCUUUUCCUGUGUUCUCCUCUGCACCACUGGCCUGGUAUGGAUAUUUCCCACCUUCCCAGAGACUAGGUAACACACCAGUGGAGAUUGUGACAGGGGCUUACUUCGGAAAUGUUUAAACCGACCAGUAGGGCAUCAAGAACUCAAGGCAGUUCGCUGGCUCGUGGUUGAGGUGGAAAUGUUUUCAGGGCACUUUGUAUUGUUGGGAUUUUCUUUCUGUUUGUGUCAAACAGUGCAGGAGAAAGAAACACUCACAAAUUUCUCUACUCUGAGCAUUCCACGGAACAAGGGAAGCAGACAGGACUGAAUUGAAAGGAUUAUGAAUUGGAUGGAUCGGAGUUAGAAUUAUGUCUGUUGUAUUUGUUCAUCAAUAAUAAAUGAAAGCAUUUUGCUUUUAAGACCAAUUCCAGAGAAUAUAUUACCAAGGGACAUUCAUACAUUGUAUACACUAUAUAUACAAAAGUAUGUGGGCAUGCUUUCAAAUUAGUGGAUUCGGCCAUUUCAUCCACAUCUGUUGCUGUCCGGUGUAUAAAAUCGAGCACACAGCCAUGCAAUCUCUGUAGACAAACAUCAGCAGUAGAAUGGCCUUACUGAAGAGC